GACUGAUAUACGCCCGUCAAAUAUGUGACGGAGGUCAUUGGUUGGGAGAAUAUGGCCACACGGGCGGCCUGAAGCCCGCCGCAUGCACCCUUGAUACGGCGAUGUCAGAUCUUCAACGCUUGUUGCAGCUUCAGGAUAUAAGCAGCGAGGCGUUCCAUCUGAAAGAUAUAUCCUCGAUCGUAGGUGUCUUUUUGUUUGCUUUGGGUGUUCAUUCUUCCCGACCAUGGCGAUUUCUUCUAUUGUAGGGGUGCUCACCUCCGAGUCUUUCCAUCUUCUUCCUGCAGCCAUAGUCACGCUGAUUGCGUAUACCGUCGUGAUAUAUAUCUAUCGUAUCUGGUUCAGUCCUCUCUCAUCGAUACCAGGACCCAAACUUGCGGCUGCGACGAGGUGGUACGAGUUUUACUACGAUGCUAUCAAGAUGGGGAGGUAUUAUGAGGAAAUUGAGAGGAUGCAUAAGGUAUACGGUCCCGUCGUCCGGAUAAACCCCUACGAAGUCCACAUUGACGACCCUGCCUUCUUCAACGAGCAAUACAACGUGACAAACAGGCUUUACAAAGAUCCAUGGUUCUACUCGUGGCUUAACCGCGACGGCUCGAUCUUCGCAACCAUCGACCCAGACCAACACAAACUGCGCAGCACUGUCAUCAAGAAGGCCUUCUCCGUCCAAAGCAUUUCCCGCAUCGAGAGCGUCCUGAAGGGCCACUUCAGAGACUUCUUUGACCGGAUCGAGGAGUGCGGGAAGAAGAAAGAGCUCGUGCCACUAAGCGCGGCCUUCCGUUCCAUUGCCGUCGACAUCGUGACCGACUUGGCCCUCCCGGAGUCCAUGAACCUGGUCCAGAGCCCGGAUUUCGGCACACAACACUCCAACUUCAUGCGCGACAUAACUGAGCUAGCGCUGUGGAACAGGCACUUCUACUACGUGCUCUCCAUCAUGCAGUCGAUGCCGAGAUGGGUAGCAGGGCUGCAGGGCAAAACGGCUUUGGAUAUUGUGGAUGCACUAGAGGACCAGAAGAGGCAGGCUCGACGAGUGAUUGAGAACCAAGGGAAGCCGAUCAGCAGCAAGGACUACCCGGUCAUUAUGAAUGAAGUAUACAAGUCGGAAGACCUUCCGCCGCACGAGAAGACACACAAGAGGUUGUUUGAAGAGAUGGCUAUUCUCAUUGGAGCCGGGAGUGAGACGACGGGCCAUUCGCUGAUUACAACUGCUUAUCACAUUUUGGACAAUCCGGAUGUACUCAAGAGGCUGAAGAAAGAGAUACGGGACUACAUUUCCGACGAGGAGCUGCGAGAUGUCCUCAGUUACAAGCAGCUGGAGAACCUACCCUACCUCAACGCCUGCAUCAUGGAAGGUCUCCGUCUAGCAACCGGCGUCAGUGGUCGUCUCCCUCGGAUCAACAAAUCCCAGCCUACAACUUAUCACUCCCCCACCACUUCGACUACCUACCUUAUCCCCGCCGGCUAUGCCGUCUCCAUGACGAUCCGUGACCUGCACUACAACGCCAAGAACUUCCCGGACCCCUGGACAUUCAAGCCGGAGCGCUUCCUCGGCGCUGAGAAAACCAUGAGCGAGAAGCACUUUGCUGCGUUCGGGCGUGGUGCGCGCAGUUGUGUAGGGAGAAAUCUAGCGAUGGCGGAAAUAUUUAUGGGGAUUGGGAAUCUGUUUGCGAAGUUUGAUGUUCGGCUAGCGGAGGGCGUGGAGAGGAUCGAUGUGGAAGCGAAGCAUGAUUGCUUCGCGCCGUUCGUGGCAAGGGGGAGGAAGGGCUUGGUUAUUGAGGUACUGUCCUAGCGUCUGAAUGCUGAUCCCUCUUUGUGGCUACAUGGCGUAAUCUCAUUCUUGGAGU